AUGGAGGGGACCCGACGCAGCGAGCAUUUCCGUCACGUCGCAUCCAGUACUUUGUCUUUGCCGCUUUGUCAAGACAAGAGACAACGCAGACUGCUCUUGAUUUACAUUCAUGGAUUCAUGGGCUCCGAAGCCAGUUUUCAUGACUUCCCCGCCCAUGUCCAUGAUCUGCUAACGACGUUGCUGCACGACUCCCAUGUGGUGUACACUCGGAUUUAUCCGCGGUACAAGUCGCAAGGUGAGAUGCGAAAGGCAGUCAGCCAGUUCAGUAGCUGGUUAUCACCUCAUGAAGCUGACGACCUCGACGUGAUUCUGCUCGGUCAUAGUCUUGGGGGCAUCCUAGCGGCAGACGUGGCUCUCUUGCGUGCGCAAGAUGCAAGCCCACGACAUCGAAUCCUGGGACUGGUUAAUUUUGACGUGCCCUUUCUGGGACUCCAUCCUCGCGUCAUACCAACUGGCAUCUGGAGCUCAGUGGCCCAGAAAGAAGUCGCUCCGGAAGACCAGCUGGCAGACGAACAGGAGUCGUUGGGAAUGGCACCGGCCUAUGGACCAGUCACUCCUCAUCCCAACUUUGAUCCUCCUUUCCGGAAUGACGUUCAUCUGACCCAGCGGGGCUUCUUCAAAGGCUUGAUGCACUUCAUCAAUAAGAAUGCCAGCAAUCUUGACACUUUGUCAAACUCGAUUGUGGAUCGACUUAUGUCACCGAUGAAACACGCCGGAUGCGUGAACAAUUACUCGGAGCUGCGUGAGCGGCAUCAACGCUUAAUUGGGCUCGAGAAUGCAAGAUCGAGCUCGGAGCGGGUUCGAUUCAUCAAUUAUUACACUGCCAGUACUGGGAGGAUCAAGCCAGCUAAGCCACCCAAGCCAGAGAAGUCCAAAGCGGAGAAGCCAAAAAAGCCCAAGAAGUCUAAGAAGUCUACGAAAAAACAGUCAAAGGAGAGUUCAGACCGUAUAGUCGAGUCGUUUCCCGGAGAUGCGGAAGAUGACUAUGAACGUCUGUCCCAACCGCUGCCUCAGAUUCAAAUAGAUGACAGUCAGCAGAUCGGGAGCGUGGAAGACACCUAUCCACGGUCACCUACAAGACAACCUCCAGAAAUUCCCACAACUUUCCGUGGCUCAGAAUCCUAUUCAUCGCUGGAUGUCUCAUCAACAGAAGCUCGAAGCAGCUUGACCUCUGUCUCAACAGAAUCUCUGCUGCUAGAUCAAAGCAUCAGCUCGAGAACCAGUCAAUCCUCGAUCGAGACAAACUCCCUCAGCAUUACCUCAUCCGAGACUCUUGCUCCAGAAACCGUGAAGGCGAAGUCGCCCGACAAUGUCUCGGCCACUAGUUCGCAAUUUAAUCUUCGCAACGACACUUCGCCGCAAAAGCUCCGCAAGUUCAUUCUGCUUCCCUCGCACCAUUGGAAGUGGAACGACGAUUCACAUUGGACUCCUGUGAGGAUGCAUGACAUGACCGAGGUCACGGCUCAUCAGUCAAUGUUUGUUCCACGAGGGUCCAAUUACGAUUAUCUAGUUGGGGAUACGGUUGCACUUAUUGAGACAUGGAUCCAGGAUGAUCUCAGUCGACGGCUAAUGCAGGAGAGCCUCGAUUGA